CAUUCACCAACAACCACCACUACAGUCCACCACAAAAAAAAAAAAUGCUCUUCUUUACAGAUUAAAACAAAGGGAAACUAAACCAAGUAAACAGAGGAAACAAACAAAAGCACAAUAAUGAAGCAAAUGGCUCUAAUCCACACCGUGAUAAACUUGCUUCUCAUGGUUCAUGGAGACGUGUCUUCCUCAUCAUCAGCUGUUGGAGAUCCAGGGAUGAAGAGAGACGGUCUCAGAGUGGCGUUUGAAGCUUGGAACUUCUGCAAUGAGGUUGGUCUCGAAGCUCCUCACAUGGGUAGUCCUCGAGCCGCAGAUUGCUUCGAUGUCUCUACAAGUGGCUAUUCCUUAGAUCACAAGGUAUCAGACUCGGAUAACAACCUCGGGAUCGGUAAGAGUAAACCAGGAAUCAUAUCAGAAGCAGCAUUACACAACCCUGAUCUUUACGCCGUCGAAAAAGAGCUCUACCUAGGCUCUCUCUGUCAAGUCUCGGACGAACCAAACCCAUGGAGUUUCUGGAUGGUCAUGCUCAAGAACGGUAACUACGACACAAAGUCAGGUCUCUGCCCUCAAAACGGCCGUAAGAUCCCACCUUUCGACCAGCCAGGAAAGUUCCCCUGUUUCGGAACCGGUUGCAUGAACCAACCGGUGUUGAACCAUGGGAAGACUCAGCUUCUGAGUGAUGGUUACACAAUGAGGGGUUGGUUCAAUGGAACGUACGAUCUUGAUGCGGAUUUGGGAAAAGGGUUUGAUGGAGUGAGUUAUUACGAGGUUGUGUGGGAGAAGAGAGUUGGUGUUGGUGGUUGGGUGUUUAAACAUAAGCUUAAGACAUCAUCAAAGUAUCCUUGGCUUAUGCUUUACCUUAGAGCCGAUGCAACUAAAGGGUUCUCUGGUGGAUACCAUUAUGACACUAGAGGAAUGCUCAAAACACUUCCGGAGUCACCAAACUUUAAGGUGAGACUAACCGUAGACAUCAAGCAAGGAGGAGGAGCCAAGAGUCAGUUCUACCUUCUCGACAUCGGAAGCUGCUGGAAAAACAACGGCGAGCCAUGCGACGGUGACGUAACAACCGACGUCACUCGUUACUCGGAGAUGAUCAUAAACCCUGAAACAGAGCUUUGGUGCAACCCCAAGACUCUGCACAACUGUCCACCGUACCACACGUUUCGAAACGGCACCAGAGUCCACCGUACGGACAGCCAGAGGUUCCCUUACGAGGCUUACCACGUUUACUGUGCGCCGGGAAACGCCGAGCAUCUCGAGCUUCCGGUGGGGACUUGCGAUCCUUUUAGCAACCCACAGGCUCAAGAGAUUCUUCAGCUUUUGCCUCACCCGGUUUGGGGUGAAUAUGGUUAUCCGACCCGGAGAGGAGAUGGUUGGGUGGGUGACCCGAGAACUUGGGAGCUUGAUGUUGGUGCUUUGUCUAGUAGGCUUUACUUCUACCAGGAUACCGGUACGACUCCAGCGAGGAGAAUAUGGACAUCGGUGGAUGUUGGUACAGAGAUUUAUAAAGACGAAAAAUCAGUUGCAGAAUGGCAUCUUUCUGAUUUCAAUGUUCUUAUUACUUGAUUUAAUUCCCUUUAUUUUAUGUUCUUGAAGUUA